AAGUGACUGUUGCAGAUUUAUCUCCAUGUGGCUAUGAUAGUGGGUCCUGCGUAGGUUAUAUUUGCAGGUUACGCAAUCACAUCGUUGAUUUUGUUACUUUCAUAUUUGGCUCUGUUAUCUGCAGUGACAGUGGGGAGAAUCACCCUCGACGUGGACGUGGUCAGUUGGAGUGUCCCGGGUCGGAGUGACGGCUGCGCGGUCCUAUGAUUCCACCUAAACAUCUCUACGCUGCUGCUUUUUCAAACUAACUAAAUCGCUAACUGUAAUUUAUAACUUGAUCCAGUCCCACCGUCGCCGGAACUUGAAGACAGUCGCGGAUCAAGAUGUCUGUAGCGGGCUUGAAGAAGCAGUUUUACAAAGCCAGUCAGAUGGUGAGUGAGAAAGUUGGAGGAGCCGAAGGAACUAAACUAGAUGAUGACUUCAGGGACUUGGAACGGAAGGUAGAUGUGACCAGUAAAGCAGUAGUUGAGGUCAUUUCCAAAACAUCAGAGUACCUCCAGCCCAACCCAGCGUCACGAGCCAAACUGUCCAUGUUGAACACCAUGUCCAAGAUUCGCGGUCAGGUGAAGAACCCCGGCUAUCCUCAGGCUGAGGGGCUGCUAGGAGAGUGUAUGGCCAAGUAUGGAAGGGAACUUGGAGAGGACACCAACUUUGGUGGAGCCUUAGUGGAUGUAGGUGAGGCCAUGAAGAGACUGGCAGAGGUCAAAGACUCGCUAGACAUUGACGUCAAACAGAACUUCAUUGAUCCAUUGCAAGGCCUCUGUGACAAGGACCUUAGAGAGAUACAGCACCACCUAAAGAAACUGGAGGGUCGUCGCCUGGACUACGAUUACAAGAAGAAGCGUCAGGGGAAAAUCCCAGACGAGGAGGUUCGACAGGCACUGGAGAAGUUUCAUGAGUCAAAGGAAGUGGCUGAGACCAGCAUGUACAACCUCCUGGAAACAGAUAUAGAGCAGGUGAGUCAGCUCACAUCUCUGGUGGAGUCCCAGCUGCAGUACCACAAACAGGCCGUUGAGGUGCUCGAAGAGCUUUCUGACAAACUCCGAGACAGGAUGAAUGAGGCUCAGUCUCGGCCAAGGCGUGAAUACACACCCAAACCCAAACCUAUCUUUGACUUCGGAGACAAUAACCAUUCCAACGGUGGAUACUCUACUUCCAUGGCCCCUCCACCGUCACGCAGUUUAGAGGCAUCGUUUCACUCGGCCAUAUUGAACUUUAGGAAGCCCAGAUUGUCCCCGGAGCAGCCGAGCUGUAAGGCGCUGUACGACUUUGAGCCCGAAAAUGAGGGAGAGCUGGGCUUCCACGAGGGAGACAUCAUCAUCCUGACCAAUCAGAUCGACGAGAACUGGUAUGAAGGCAUGCUGAAUGGCCAGUCAGGGUUCUUCCCUCUCAACUAUGUGGAGGUUCUUGUUCCACUGCCACACUAAUACUAGAAGAGUGGAAACUGAUGAAGAGGAGGAGGAGCGAAGCAGGACUGGUAAAGAUAAAGGAAGUUGAAGCCAGGACGUGGUCCGCAAACGAUCCAUUUUCAACCCCACCGCCCAUGUUGUCAUUGCAGAUCAGCACUUUUUGUCUUUCGUUAGUUCAGGAGGAGGCAUCACAAAGUAUAAACAACGUCACGUUGUUCCACCAAACGUAAGGAUGCAGACCAAGAUGGACACUUAUUACCUGUCAGUCAGAAACAUUUCCUUGUGACUUCCUGAUCAGACAUUCAAAUCUAGUUUUGCUUAACCACAAAUUACCAACACAAUAAAUAAUUUGUGUUAAAUCUGGUGACUCUGAUAACAUGGGGUCCAUCAGUGAAUAGUCUGGUUGUAACUCAGGUUGUUUAACAGUUUUCAGACUGGAGAGGCCAAUUCAGACCUCACAGCAAACCUUGUGUUAACGACUGCAAGUCCACACAUUUAUGAACUGAAAUCUUUGUCCCUACAUGGACUGAAGAUCAUCUCUUGAUGCCACCUACUGGUGUGACUGAAAAGUACUUUUAUCUAAAUUAAACUCAGCUACAGUUUUAUAGAAAUAGUUUAGUGGUUGCAUCUAAACAAAUACUGCUUUACAGUUUUAAUGAGAAACAUGAGCCAAAACUUUCCUUGGAGUUGUGGUUUAGACUAUUUUCAUGUUUUUGUGUUUUGACCUUUUUGUAUGUGUAACUUUGGUCACUGCACAGGACACAGACCUGACACAGUGGCUUCAUUGUAUCAUUUCAGUAUUUUCAUUUGUGUAGUUCAAACUUAUGGCAGUUGUCUUCAAACUUAAAUCUGCUUACGGAAUAUGUGAGAAAUGUUUAUUGCACCUUGGUCCUAGAAUGAGAUUUGUGUGUGUGUGUGUGUGUGUGUGUGUGUGUGUGUGUGUGUGUGUGUGUGUGUGUGUGUGUGUGUGUGUGUGUGUGUGUGUGUGUGUGUGUGUGUGUGUGUGUGUGUGUGUGUUUGUGUGUGUUUGUUUGUGUUGUUUGUGACAGAUUUACGCAACCAUUACACAAAUGCCCAAAGUAAAAGCAGUCAGUGCACCUUUUUGUCACAUGCGGCAGCCAUGUGUUUAUCAGCUAGAAACACUGGGUGUCUGAUAAGUGUGUUCAGCGUAGCAGACGGAGCCAAAAAGCCUUGAUGAAUUACAACGGCAACAUAUCAUGUAGUGCUUGUUUUAAGCGCUGAUUCUUCCGUAACACAGCCAUAUAUUCUUCGUUUUGGCACGCGACUUCUCUUUUCAGUCUGUUGACCCGUUUUAAGGUGUCUGCUCGCUCCAUCCAGUGCCUGACUAGACAACGCUGCUGGCAGCGAUUCGCUUCCUGUCCCACAUGACUUUCUGUCCACCCUUGUGUCUUUGAGAGUGUGAAACACAUCUGUGCUUUGAAGUUUAGUCUGUCCCUGUGAUUGUGAUGACUGACUUAGUUUGUUAGAGUCAUGAGCUGAUGUAGACUCUAGUUUAAUCUGAUCAGACGAGGCUGGUUUCUUGUUUGGGGUUUAGUCAGUGUCCACACCUGAAGAUGGACUAAGGUCCAUCGUAGCUGUACAGUGUGAGGGAACGACCUGGAGUGAAAGGGAGAAAUAAUCAUAGGCUAUUGUCCCUGUUUUAUUAAUUUGGAGAAUUUCUGCUACCAAACAUUAUUAAUUACCAAAUGUUUACUGUUAGUCAAGAUGAUAUUGAAUGUUCUGUAGAAAAGUUUUAAUUCUGAAUUACAGAUGUGUGCUCUUAUAUAGCGGGUCCUAUAUUUAACCGACUCCAUGCCAUCAAACACUUCUCCCACUCCUAAGCUCCUUGUCUGUUUACAACUCUGAUCUAACUACAUUUUAAUGAUCAUAUCAACUUCAGGGCAAAGUGAAAAGACUGUAGGAGGUGAUGCUUCUUGGUUUUACCAUGAGGUCUUGGUAGCUUUGUUUCAGUGCCUUUGGAAAAUAAGGGAGGAAACGUAACGUGACUAAUACAGAAACCAAAACCUAGUGUAAAAUGGUGAAAAGAACUAUUGGAAGGUUUUCUGCUAUUGGGUUUGAUUUCUAGCCACUGGCACUUUUGCUGUAUCAAUAUGAAAUGCAUGUGUGCACAUUCUGACACUACAGGCAGUUUCCUGGACAGAUAACGUGGCGUUCAUCAGCAGACCAUCAGUGGGAACUGUGUUUUUGUUUUUUUAAUGUUCUGAACAACGUCUCACUCAUUUCCUUUCUUAAAGGGCUAUGUGUUUGUUUAAUCCACCUUAAAUGCUCUUUCUGAAACGAAUGAAGUCAUCCUCUUUGUAGUAUUAUUUUUAUAUACAAACUUUUUCAAAUAAUCUUUGCAUGUAGUCUUAUUACAUCUAAUUGUAUGUCUUAGAUUUAAGUUGCCUUUUUACUUAGUGCUGAAUUUUAACCACAAUAUUUUGUCUAUUAUUGUCAAAGUAUUUGUACAUGCUUCUUUCUUAUCUGGUCUUCACCUUCCCUCUUCUUAAAAUAAAUAAAAGUAAACAGUA